AAUUUUGUUUUGUUUUCUUUUCCAAACAGAAUCCCCCAUAUUUUAGGUUUGAACUUAUUUUUUCCUCUCCUUUCCGUAAACUAGAACUCCUACUCUCCUCUUCUUCUCUACUAAGACCAGAACCAGAACCAGGCUUUCUCUAUCCUCUGUUUGUACCAGACUUUCUCUCCUCUUGCGCUAGAUCUGGCUGCAAAAUCACGUUAGGUUCAGCAAGGAACCCAGAUCUACAAGUAUUUUCAUUCAUUUUGUGGGUUUUUUUGAGAGAGGGCCGAUAUGGGGAAAAAGGAAGAAAUUUGAGAACCCAAAUAUGGAUCUAGCUUUGUGCAAUUGUACUCUCUCUUCUUUUCUCUUUCUCUGUUUUAUUUCUCAUUCGUUCUCAUUUUCUUCCUAUCGUUGGCCGCCAUCGGGCUUGGCUAUCUGGGCACGGGAUGUUUUAUGUGGCCGUUCGUCGGUGUUGGUAAAAAGGGGUUGGGUUCCUUCUGUGCUAUGAAGAUUAUCAGGACAAAUUUGCAGUAAAAUUAAAUUUGUAGAGGAAUGUGUAGAGCACGUUUGCUGGGAAAAUUUUUCUUUGCAGAGGAAUGAUAAUAUAGAAUCCAAUGGGUCUUUCUCAAACGCACCCGCACUGCCGUCAUCCACCUUUCAUUUUUAACCACAACCCAAAGACUUUCUUCAGUCCUUCAUAUUUCUGCAAACCCUCUAUACAAAUUGCAACACUUUUCAAUUACUCUCCUUUUUUAUGAUUACUCCCACGCAAAUUAGGGAAAUUUCAUAAUACUACUUCUCAUUUUGCUCCUCUACUGGUUCUCACCUACAAAAAAUAAAAAAAAAAACUCGUGCAAAAUCCAAGCUUGAUAUGAAGAUAUGGAUCAGAAGACUGAAAAUCUUGUGGGAGAGAGAGUGAUUGUUAAAGAGAGGAAAGUAUGAAGGUAGAAUAGAAGGGGUGGUGUUGGAUUAAAGUCUAGGAUUUGCCUUCAAAUUAUCAGGGGAGCAAGAUGAAGCCUGGUUUGGGAAGAGAGUAAUGGAGAUAGGGAUGGAAAUGGCUGCGAGGGGAAAUAGGAAUAUAUCCUCAAAUAUUAAUUUUUAAAUAAAUAAAAAUAGACUACUAAAGUACUGAUGUGGUUGAGCCAAAAGUGUAAACAGGUUGCCCAUCAACUAUUUAAAUGUAUAAGUUACGUGGCAAAACAAGGGAGAGGGUGCUGAAGGGAGAGUGUUGGAGCGAGUGCUCCUAGCACUCCUCAUAAAAAUUUACCCAAUUAGAGGUCCAAAUAAACAAAGACAAUAACA